AUGGAUCAGCGCGUUCUGUGGCUUAUCCACGACGAUGACCGGGCGUUGGCGGCUAGCUAUAACUUUAACCCUCCCCCGCCUCCUCCGCGCUGUUUUCCCGCCAUCCUCGCUCAUCAUCCUCCAUUCUUGUCCCUUCCCACCCAAGGCACCUCCACCGUCUUAAUGUGCGGCGCCCCUGGCCACCCGGUUAUCCAGCCGUACGCGCUCCUCAUCUCCGAGAUUUUCCGUCUCGUUUCACCCCAGCUACACCAACUCACCACCACCGUUCCCUGCGCGACCGCGACCGCAAUUCAAAUAACCAGCACGCCUGAGCCGCCUGCGGUGGUACUUCAUGCGCAUCGUGCCGUUGUCCUCCGCGCCCGCGUUGCCCGUGCACAGCGUCCUGUGGCACUACCCCUCAUGGCGACCACUUUGCCCACGCCCGCAUAG